CGGAUCGUCUCUCUACGAGGCUGCACGUUUGUCACUGUCAGUGACCCUUGUACAUUGUCAAGAGCCUGUUUCGCACCUCAAGGGCUGCUUCGCAUUCCAAUCCAGUAGUGAGGCCCAUACAAUAGUGUCUUGAUACUGUUUUUCAAGAAUUCUUGCUCUCGACUGUGAAUAAGCAAUACAAUGCCCGUCUCGAAAGAAGCACUUUCCUCGGCAAAAGAGAUGAUCGAUGCCCUCAUUCUGGAGAAAAAUUGCGGUCCAAUCAUGGUACGCGUGGGCUGGCACGAUUCAGGCACGUUCGAUAAAAACGUCAGCGGCGCAUGGCCUAGUGCCGGGGGUGCAGUCGGUUCCAUCCGUUUCGAUCCCGAAAUUACGCACGGUGCCAACGCCGGUUUGAUCAACGCCAUCAAGCUCUUGGAGCCUAUCAAAGAGGCCAAUCCGGAUGUCAGCUACGCUGAUAUUUUUCAGAUGGCGUCGGCUCGUUCCAUCGAAUUGGCGGGAGGUCCUCGGAUUGACAUGAAGUACGGACGAAUCGAUUCAAACGGUCCCGAAAACUGCUCCAAAGAAGGCAACCUGCCCGAUGCCGAACCGGGAAGCAACGGCAUGUACGCCGGUCAUUUACGUAAAGUCUUCUACCGCAUGGGACUGAAUGAUGAGGAGAUUGUUGCUCUCUCCGGUGCCCACACCUUUGGCCGCGCUUACAAAAACCGUUCCGGUGGUUCGAGCUGGACGGAGAAUUUUCUCAUUUUCGACAAUUCGUACUACAAGGUCAUCCCAGACGAGUCCGCCGAUCCUGAACUACUCAAGUUGUCAACUGACAAGGUAGUUUUUAUGGACGAUGGGUUUAGGCCAUUUGCCGAGAAAUUCCGUGACUCGCAGGAUGCUUUCUUCGAGUCAUACGCCAAGGCGCACAAGAAGCUGUCCGAACUCGGAUCCAACUUUGACCCGUCGGAAGGCAUAUCCAUGUAAACAUGACCCGAAUUCAAUUAUAUGAGUGUUACCUUUUGUUUCCGUAGAAAAAAUCUACUAGCUACUCGUUGGGUUCC